AAGAAAAGUGAUUGAUUCUAAACCUCAACCCUCCUAGAAGCUAAAUCUCCUAAUUGAGCCACCAUAUUCUCUAUCUAUAGUCCUCUAAAAAGCUCCAAUCCAACCCCAAACUUAAAUGAACAAUCUUAUACCAAAGAAUAACAUCUAAUUCUCACCUUCCCUAAUGAUGUGAUAAUUUCUCUCAAUCCAAUACACCAAAUUAAACCAAAUCAUGCAUAAUGAGACAGAAAAUGGGGAGGGUGAGCGGAUGCCACCUUGUCAAUCCCUCCCAAAACCGCAUAAGCAUCCCCAAAGAUCUUUGAAGUGGGGCAAACAAAGAAAGAAUGGAGUAGAACUCAAGGCACAAAGGCAUAGUGGAACUGCAACACAAAAACAAAAAAGCGAUCAAUGGAUUCCUCCUUGUUACGACAAAGAACAUAUUGAUUACGCCACCGAAACCCUUGUUUCUUCAACUUUUCGAUGCUUGCAUGUUCCCGUGGAAUGCUUCCAAACAAAAGAGCAAAUAAUCAUUGUAACCAUCUAAAUCCAAUUCUCUAAAAGAAGGAAAGUCAUCCAAGUUGAAGAAGAUCUCAUUCACCAUUUUAUGAAAGACUGAUCAAGCCGAAAACUGGUUGUUCUUCUCACCAGGGCAUGAUAGGGUAGCAGGUCCUGAUGAUGACACCCAUGUCUCUCGAUUGGAAUCUAAGAAGGCAAAACGCUACAACCUCUCUUUCUCACCACUACGAAUAAGGUCACGUGGCAAGAUAUUCCAUAUAUCAUCCCUAGACAAACAGUCGGCAACAAACUCAACCAAUGAUUGGACGUAGUCGCCACCUUUGGCAACUCGCUCACCAAGUAUUUCUUUGUGAACCAGACAUCAAUCAAAAUAGACAUUCACCCCAAGAUCGACGAAGCCAAAUUUCCAAAAAGUGGAGCUCUCCUUGACAAUCCAUCUCUAUAAAGACACUCUUCACCACCUAGGUUCCAAACAAUUUUCCGUUGAGAAGUGCCUCCUCUAUACUUGGUAGAGAUUGAUCUAUGCCACCAUGCCUUUUUUAAGUUUCAACUUAACCCAUUUGACAGAAUGUGCUGAAUUUGUGCAUGUCUCUAACUCGGGAUCAAAUACUCUGUCAGUCUCCAACUAGUAUUAUACUCUACUGUGUCCGUGAGAGACUGGGAGAAAUCGUCAACAACACAACGCGUGGUAACAAAAACACAAAUUUGGUUGCAUAUUAGAGGUAGUUAGGCCGGCAGCAACACCUAUUUUGUUGUCAUCAUCGUAAAUUUCCCACCUUUUUCUUAUCCCAAUCAAAUCAACUAUUUCUCAUCUCAUGACGGUGAAACCCCAUUCUUCCCGCAUCUGCUGGCCAUUCCGUUGCAGCAGGAGCAAUCAAUCCUUGUCUUUUCCCUCUCGAAUGAAUCAAAACUGCAUUCAUCAUCUUCUUCUCCUUAUUCCCUCCAAUUCUGGCAAUAAAUCACCCAGCUUGCCGAAUAUGCAGCCGAGAUCUCUGCCGAGUAUGACUUUAUGUCAUCCAGGUCCGUUAUUCUAAUGGCGGAGCGACCUGCAAGUUCGCCUAGUCUUCCACCAGUCGAUACGGGCAUUCUAUCUUCCUUCCCUGUUUUCACAAGUUCUCCAGUCAAACAGCGGACCAAUGGGUUGUUCGCGGCAGAACAGCCGUCGGGGGAACAUUUCCGGCGCGAUAAUCCGGCCCAUAGAUCAGGCGGCGGUGAUUCGAGGCACGCGAUGAGAUACUUGUGGUUGGGUCUCGUGGUCGGGAUAGCAGCUCUGUUGGUGGUUGUCGCACUCGCUGUAGCUUGCAGGAAGAGGCUUUUCGGGGAUGGAAUUGUGAAGCGGAGAUGGACUAGAAAAGGAAGCUUAAAAGCCGAGAGACUGAACCUGAGGAGGUUUCAGCUGGAGGAGCUGGACAAGGCUACAAACAACUUCAGUGAGGAGCGUUUGUUGGGUUCUGGAGCUUUCGGCAAUGUUUAUAAAGGGUUCUUCGACGACGAAGGGAUUACUCUGGCUGUCAAGAAAGCUCAUCCAAAUUCUUUCCUGAGUGAUGAGGAGUUACUGAACGAAGUGAUUCUACUCUCCAAAGUCAGGCACAGGAACUUGGUUUCCUUGGUGGGAUUCUGUAAAGAAACAGGAGGAGCCACAAUACUGGUCUAUGAGUAUGCACCCAAUGGUUCUUUGCUCGAGUACAUGACAGGUAAAAGAGGAAGGCAGUGCCUAACUUGGCAGCAAAGAGUGAAUAUAGCCAUUGGUGCAGCUAAAGGAAUAGCUCACUUGCACGACGGAAUCCAGCCAAGCAUAAUCCACCGUGAUAUCAAACCUAGCAACAUCCUGAUCGGGGAGGACUUUGAGAGCAAGGUUUCGGAUUUCGGGCUGGUAAAAUCAGGGCCGACAGGGGACCAGACCCACGUCAGCACCCAGAUCAAAGGCACUGCUGGAUACCUUGAUCCUGCAUAUUGUUCCAGUUGCCACUUGAGCCAUUUCAGUGAUGUGUACAGUUUCGGGGUGAUCCUUCUGCAGCUUGUCAGCGCUCGGCCUGCAGUCGACGCAUCCAGAAGGAACUCCAAUUACCAUGUCAUUGACUGGGCAAGACCAUACUUAGAGAAGGGACAUGUUGAAGAUAUAUUGGAUGCUAACUUAUUGAUACAACCCUGCAACAUGGAGAUGAUGUUGAAGAUGGGGCAACUUGGGCUAAGAUGUGUAGUGAAGACCCCCAAAAAUCGGCCUACGAUGGCCGAGGUGUGUUACGAGUUGCAAGAGGGUUUGUUCCUAACUACCAGAGUGGCUCCUGGGGGAUCAUUGCGCUGCUCUACUCGGUCUAUCGAGAAACUCGGAGAAUCGUCACAAAGCAUUGUUACUAAUGGAGAUCAUGGAGUUAGUCUUGAGAAAUUUAAGGUGGAUGAUAUGGAAAGUGAUUCUUUUGAAGCCACAAGCUUUAGGUUCUUUGAGGCUACUAGUGUGGACAUUGAUCUUAUUAAGGAUAAUUUGUAUGGAAUUGUUGAGCACCCUAAGUAAGAUAACGAUUUCGGAUCCAAUUGUAUUUAUAUAUUCAAUAUGAAUGUUGCUCCUGAUUGUGGUUAAAAGAAUGGAUAGAUGCUAUGUGUUUUAUAAUAAUAGCAUCUAAUCAUAUGCGCGCCCUAAGAAAUUAUCUUUGUUAUAUUAUGUAAGAUAAUGUUUGAAGAUUUCAGUAAUGACUAAUUUUGGUACUCAAAACUCAAGUUCUACUACAUUACGAUUAUUCAUGGUAAAGGGUUGUAUUUAAAGAUCAAUAGUAUUGACAUGAAUCCAUCCACAAAGAUCAACACAACACCACAUGAACAAAAUCAAUCCAUCAGU